GGAGGGCAGAAGAGAAGGGGCGAGGAUGGGGUGCGCGAUGGAGAUCGAAGCCGGGGAGAGGAGCGGCGGGCCGGGUGUCGGGCACCCCGAACCCUAGAACGACAGAACGGGACAGUUCGGCUCUGGCCAGCCAGAAGGACCCCGAGGAGCAUCUACUUCUGAUGAGAAGAGAAAGGAAGAAUGGACUACAGUCAUUCAACUGCCCUCGUCCCAUGUGGACAGGAUAAGUACAUUUCCAAGAAUGAACUUCUCUUGCAUCUGAAGACCUAUAACUUGUAUUAUGAAGGGCAGAAUUUGCAGCUCCGACACCGUGAGGAGGAGGAUGAGUUCAUCGUGGAGGGGCUAUUAAAUAUAUCCUGGGGACUUCGCCGGCCCAUCCGUCUCCAGAUGCAGGAUGACCAUGAGCGCAUUCGCCCGCCUCCUUCCUCCUCUUCCUGGCACUCAGGCUGCAAUUUGGGAGCACAGGGUACCAUCCUGAAGCCCCUCACCAUGCCCAAUAUUCAGAUCUCAGAGGUGGACGUCCCAGCAGAGAACGAGGAGAAGUCAAGCCCCACAGACUCCAGGGGCCUGAAGCCGGUGCAGGAAGACACCCCGCAGCUGAUGCGCACACGCAGUGAUGUGGGGGUGCGUCGCCGGGGCAAUGUGAGGACUCCCAGUGACCAGCGUCGAAUCAGACGCCACCGCUUCUCCAUCAAUGGCCAUUAUUACAACCACAAGACAUCUGUGUUCACGCCUGCAUAUGGCUCCGUCACCAACGUGCGCAUCAACAGUACCAUGAGCACCCCACAGGUCCUUAAGCUGCUGCUCAACAAAUUCAAGAUUGAGAAUUCAGCAGAAGAAUUUGCCUUGUACGUGGUUCACACCAGCGGUGAGAAACAGAAGCUGAAGAACACCGAUUACCCGCUGAUCGCCCGGAUCCUCCAGGGCCCCUGUGAGCAGGUUUCUAAGGUGUUCCUCAUGGAGAAGGACCAGGUGGAAGAAGUCACCUAUGACGUGGCCCAGUAUAUCAAGUUUGAGAUGCCAGUUCUUAAAAGCUUCAUUCAGAAGCUCCAAGAGGAAGAAGAUCGGGAAGUGAAGAAGCUGAUGCGCAAGUACACGGUGCUCAGGCUGAUGAUUCGGCAGAGGUUGGAGGAGAUAGCCGAGACCCCAGAAUCCAUCUGAGCCAACAGAAGAAGGGAUCCAGAGCCACACAAGUGUCACUGGAGAAAAAUCCACAGGGUGCUGAGUACUGUGCUUCAGUGAAAUUGUCUUUAGCUCGCUGUCUGCCUUGAAAUCAGCGGGCGGAAGCCUAGAUUCCUUUCUUCCAACUUUGCACUUACAGAACUUUACAAGACUCGAUUUUUUUUUUAUAAGAAGGACCUAAAACGUGUGAGUGUGUUUGUGUACUGC